AUGAUUGGGAGUACAUCCCGAUCGGGAUAUGUCUCCACAGUGACUACAGAUGCCAGAAUACCAUCAUUAUGUAUCCUGUGUGGAGCAGCACCAUCUGUUGAUAAUGAUAUUUGUGCUAAAUGUGGGACAGUUUUUGAAACAAUUGUUAAUCCUAAGACACAAACGAAGCAUCACUCUAUCGAGAAUAUUUCCACAAAAAGGCAAGUGUCAAACCAACUUUCGUUAACUAACAAAAGGCAACGCGAUCAAUCAUAUCAGCCUACACUCACAGUUUAUCCUCUAAAUAUAUUAGAUCAAGAUGUAGCAGGAUUCACGGAUAUUGAAUGCAUGUAUUUUACAAAUGUGACACAGACAUAUGAACACUAUUGCUUGAAUCCAUUUGUAAGGAUGCAAAAAACAUUGAUUUCUCAACGAACGAAUAAACAUGAAAUUACAAUACAAGAUUAUGUGCGUCUUCGAACGAAUCAUAAUGAAUCAUCAGUUUCUUUUUUCAAUCAUAUAGCCGAAUUCCGUUGUUUGUUAAAACAAGAUAAACAAGUAUUACUUCAGAGAAAUCAAAGAUACGCAGUUCGAGUACAGGCCACCGAAAUGGUAAAACAUUUUCGUGGUUUACAUUCUGAUAUCUGUUCAACGGUGAGAAAGGUUGUUGGUGAAGAUUUAUUGAAAUUAAUUUAUGAUGAUGAUAUAAUGAGUCGAAUUAUGAUUGAAUUAUCUAAAUAUGAUGUGAUUUUCUUACAUGAUCCACUAAUAACACAUUUUCUAUUAAUUAUUCUUAUAUUUUCAUCAAGUUUUACGGUGACAGUAAUGAACGAUGAAUAUCAUGACUAUUCGACACCAAGAACAUCUGAAUUAGACAUACUUCAUCUCCAAAACUUUUAUGUGAAUUUAUUGUGGAAAUAUAUGGUCUAUCGUCUAGGCGAAACAGAAACUGUUCGUAUUUUAACACAAUUCAUUGAUUCGGAAUCGGAUAAUGUUACCACUAGUGUCGUGAAUGAAUAUGAACAAGUAGCAUCUUAUUCGGAAGAUGAAUUCGAAAAUGAAGUACAAAUUGAUUCGCAAUAUUUAUCGAACGUUAGUAACUAUCCCAAAAAUCCCACCAUUGUUCAUGAUAGUACACUUGGUGUACUCCAACAAUAUUGUACGGAGCGAGAAAUUUGGCGUCUUUCUCCAAAAUGA